UUAGUUGGAGGUGGAAAUUUGAUGGCUAUCUAGAUUGGUUAAUGAGAUAGCUGAUUCUUGUCCAAUAGAGUAGAGUCCACUUUCGUCCUCCUCGUGCUUUUGUCCAGUAGGGAUAUGAUUUUUCUUUGUUUUUUUUAAAAGGACAUUUCUGACAUUCCUUACUUUGGUCCCUUGAUAUUUUUUAGAAACAUCAACAAUCCCUCUUCCUAUUCUAUCAUCACCGAAUGAAAAAUUUAGUCAGUUUUUUUUUUUGGUUAAAGAAUAAAGACAAGUUUGAAUUUAUAAUUUUGAAUGCACUAGUAGGGUUUUGUUGAAUAACAAAAUUUUUGACCCAUAUUUGGCUCAUUUGUCAAUUGUGUGGCUUCUGAGGAAUCAAAUAAUCGUGUUUUGCAUUUGAUCUGAAUACAGAUUUUUUAACAAUGAGUUCAUUAUUUUUUAGGUAUAGUAUCAUACCUAGGUUAAUCACCCGGUUUAAAAUUUAAUUUUUGUCAUGUUUGUUUAGUUAUUAUAAUUUUUAUGUUUGUAAUGGUUUUAUCUCCAUGAUGUCCAAUUGCUCCUUAAGGUAUAUUUUUUCAUUUGUUUUUGACUUAUGUUUGAUUGUUUCAUUUCUUUACCACAGUGCAGUAAUUUGAUAAGAAAAUAUGGAAGACACACUUGCAAUUGCAAAAGAUGUUACUGAAUUAAUAGGAAAUACCCCAAUGGUAUAUCUUAACAACAUUGUAGAUGGUUGUGCAGCCCGUAUUGCCGCCAAGUUAGAGACAAUGGAACCCUGCUCCAGUGUUAAAGAUAGGAUUGGGUACAGUAUGAUUAAAGAUGCAGAAGAGAAGGGCCUGAUUACUCCUGGGAAGACGGUCCUCAUUGAGGGUACCGGUGGUAAUACCGGCAUUGGUUUGGCAUUCAUCGCGGCUGCUAAGGGUUAUAAACUUAUCCUUGUUAUGCCGUCUACGUUUAGUAUUGAGAGAAGGAUUGUUCUUCGAGCUUUUGGAGCAGAGUUGUACAUCACAAAUAUCGCCAAGGGCAUUGAUGGAGUUCUUCAAAAGGCGCAAGAUCUACUAGAAAAGACGCCCAAUAGUUUUUUUCUUAAUCAAUUUGAAAAUCCUGCCAAUCCAAAGAUUCAUUAUGAAACUACUGGACCAGAGAUUUGGAAGGGUUCUGAAGAGAAAGUCGAUGCCCUAGUUGCAGGGAUAGGGACCGGGGGGACAGUUACUGGGGCAGGGAAGUUCCUCAAGGAGAAAAACUCAAAGAUAAAGGUGUAUGGUGUGGAACCAGCUGAAAGUGCCAUUCUAAAUGGAGGAAAGCUUGGCCCACAUAAGAUACAAGGAAUUGGUGCUGGCUUCAUCCCUGCUGUAUUGGAUGUCAACAUUCUUGAUGAAGUUGUUCAAGUAUCGAGGGAAGAAGCCUUGGACACUUCUAAGCUUCUCGCUUUGAAAGAAGGUUUACUGGUAGGGAUUUCUUCUGGGGCUGCAGCUGCUGCUGCAAUAAAGAUUGCCAAGAGACCAGAAAAUUCUGGGAAACUCAUUGUUGUUAUUUUCCCAAGCUUUGGAGAGCGUUAUUUAUCCACUGUGUUGUUUGAUUCCUUGAGGCAUGAGGCUGAAAACAUGAGUUUUGAGUAAGUUGUUAGUGUUACCCAGCCGCCUAAAGAAGCAUGACUCAUCCUGUCUGCUACUUUUUGUAUUGCAGUUUGUGUUGGACCUUUAACCAAUUGAUUGCUUUGAACAAUGUUUGAUUUGUAAAGAUUCAAAAUAAUAGUUAAUGUGAUCUCUUUUUUCUUGAAAUAA